AUGUCGACCCGCUCAUAUCAGGGGUGCUGGACUUGCAAGCGCCGGCGCCGGCGCUGCGAUAACACUCGCCCAACCUGUCAGAACUGUUCGCGACGCGGGGUAGAUUGCGAGGGAUAUGAGGUACGACUGCGCUGGGGAAGUGGCAUCGCGUCGCGCGGGAAGUAUACGGGGGCUGAUAAGCCGCUCGAGAAGAGUAUUCCGCCGAGGCCGAAAGGGAGACAGAGGGAUUUGAGGAGAGAGGGGAAGAAGUUGGGGGCACAGGGACAGACAAAUGCCGAGUUUGAUGUGAUGUCUUCUGAAUCGGGGGAUUCGCCUUCGUCCAAGACGGAGAAGGGCGAGGAGAAUGAACUGAUCUUCAAAGAGUGUGAGUCGCCUAGAAAGCUCAACAUGGGACCCAUUUUCCCAGUUCUCAGAGAUGGAAUCAAUGUUUUGCAUUCGACUACUGCCCGAGACAGCAUGCUCCAACCUCGACUGCCCCAGCUCUGCCAAGAAUCCAGCGCAUUAUACACGAUCUGCCUCGCAUUCCAGUUAUCGCUCGUGAGCACCCACAGCCCACGCUUCUUUGAGUACUUCGACGCCGCUUUACGAGAAUUUCGAUCCGAACUUGCCCGCAGCACAACCCUCUCCGAUGGGACGUUGACCGCGGGACUCCUGCUGUGUAGCAUUGGUCUAAUGCACGGUCUUCCUUGGACAAUGCAUUUGGAGGGCAUGCACAACAUCUUACAGAGUCACGGACUAUCCGAAGAACCAUCCAUUCCAUCCUCUUUCCGCAGUCAUCUGCUUGAGGUCAUGGGGGUGAUGGACCUGCCCUGUUUUUCCGUCGGUCGCCAGACAUGCAUCGGUCGUAAAAUACCCUGCAUCGGCAUUUGGCGCCGGUAUUGCCAGCCGGCAGGACCUCGGCUGGGCGUCGAACCGGUAAGUGGGUUACCGCGCUCAUUGCUAGACAUCUUUGCGGGGAUCGGAGAGGAGACAACAGAACAAAGUUUCAUGGACUGGACGGGUGAGAUAGGCAGUUUCAUGCAAUGCUAUUUGUGGGAGGCACAUCGGCUAGCUGGUAUCCUAUCGCUUCGUCGGUAUAUACGGUCUGCUGUACGGGAGGAAGUCGUACUAGAUAUCUCGACGUGGCGACAACCAAAACAGUGCCCUGCAGAUACAACUGCGCUAGUGGCGCGGAUUCUGGCUAACCUGGAUGCUCUACGUCUGGCUUGUGCCGAGAGACCGACGGAAGAUGCGUUUAUCAAGAAUGCCGUGCUCUAUCCCAUUUUCGUGGCUGGGUUGGAGGUCUCGGCUAUGUGCGAGAACCCGCAGUGGCAAUCCACAAUUCGGAAAUGUGUUUUGGGCUCACGACAAGAUGAGAUACUUCUUGGCCUACUGGAAGAGAUGUGGCUACGCAAGGAUUCCGACUUGAGCGUGGACGAUCUAGCGAGAGAAAGAGGAGUGGAGAUGGGAUUGCUUUGA